CAACGAGACAUUCGUAACGAAAUAAAUGUGUAGAUGCUUGGUUAGCAAUGGUUGUUGUUUAAACUCUGCUUGGUACGAGCUCUAGUGCAAUACUUCAGCUAAAAUGGAAUUAAAUGUGUAUCCAGCACAACAGCUUGCUCAAGGCAAAAGCAGCAGUGAACAAGAGCAAAACGAUCCCAAAACGGAUUUCGGAACAUCUCAGCAGGAACUGCAGCAAGCAACAGGAAUUAUUAAUAAUGACGACGGAAUUGAUUCGAUGCAAAUGAUCGAAUCCAACAGUGCCGAGAGUAAUGAUUCCUCCUUAGAAUGCAAUACUGAUGGUAUCGGCGCUAAGUUUAAGAAGUACUUUGUCACAAAAAAACCGCUUACAGCAGCAGAUAGAAAAAAAGGCGAAAAAGAGCGCAAGGCACGUCAAUUACGCCGACUUCGCAAGUGGUUGAUGCCAAAGAACGCCGUAGUAGCAUUGCAUGAGCUGCAAGGACCUGGCAUGUCAGAGUUUACUAUUAAUACAAAUGGGCAGGAAACUACGGCUGAGAUAAUUAUCAAUAAUGUGAGAUAUGAAGCUACUGCAGCAAACAAAACUCUUGCGAAAGCUAAGGCUUCGGAGAAAGCCUUACGAGAUUUGGCGAUUUCGCAAAUGAACAAGGUGAAGCAGCAGCAGGGUGGAAAUGUGCAAGGAAAUGACAGUAGUAUGGAUAUCGAAACAACCGAUUCUCUUGAAUCGGAUGGCAUGCCCAUGAUGCAUCUCGCAUCAUUUGCCCUGUACAAGUUGUUUACAGAAUGGCAGAACGAAGGGUUUGAGAUCCCGGUGCUUAGAUCCAAACCAAAAGCUGCUGUAACGACUGCAGAUACAUGGCAAAAUCCCUUGGCUCCAAAACAUCCUAAAACUAGGGCGGAUUUACCAACUGAUGCAGCCACACGUCAUCCAACUGCUCUGCUGGCCUAUAUGCGUCCUCAAGUCCCGUACGAAGAUCUUGGAACGGAAAAUGAUAUGCAGGACCGUAUAUUUGUCGCCGGAAUCACGGUAGAUGGAUUACAUUUCGUAGGCAAGGGAAGAUCAAAGAAAUUAGCACGGAAAGCAGCUGCAAUAGACGCUUGUAAGAAGCUGUUUGAAAUUGAGUUUGAGGGCUGUGCGUUGGAAUAAGGGAUAUAGUAUUUUACCCUGAUUUUAUUUACUUACAGUGGCUAGCGAAACUAACUUUAGUUCAACAAAACAAAAGAUUUUACGAAAUACGAGGAUAAAAAAGAUAAUUUAGGUAAUCAAAAUUCAGUUAACAACAUCAAUUAACUCGUGUGAAUAAUAGUCCUGCCUUUUUUAGGGAUCAUUGAUACACAUGACAAACAUAGUUAAUUUUUCGCAAUGCAUUCCAUUGCGCUCAGACAAUAUUGCUAAAACCCGUGGUUUUAUCAUGCGCUCCUUUUUACAAUCCUCGUGUAUUAUUGUGACCAGACUGUUUUUAUAAACUUAGCUAAUUCUUUCAAAAGUACGUGGGCUCUUCUUAGAUACUUCAAGGUGCAUCACUGUCCACAGGUUUUUAAUGGUUGAUUAAUGUGUUAGUGGUUUUUAAGUUGGUUUUAAUGGUCUGAACAGUGUACUGGAUAGUCUAAAACCAUAAUAUCAUCAUCAUCACUGCAUGGCUACAUGUGCCUUGCGGAUUGCAUUAUCCUCCUAUGAGGUAAAAUAUUGACUAAUAGGACAUAUUCCUUCAAGAAUGAUUCUCUCGUCAUGUUUUAGUUAGCCUUCGUGUCAACACGACCAGGAAAUGACUAGUCACUAUCUUGUCAGUUUCGUUGAAAAAGUACAACCAUAGACAUUAUGCUUUUGUAGUUUGUUUCGUAUUGUUUAAUUAGCAUUCUUAUAGGAGAAAAGUUCAACUCCUCAUAAUUUUAGUUGAGUCCUGCCAAUAAUUCUAUACACAAUGAAUUCUAUAAGUCCCACCAAUAAUUCAUUAUGACCUGUAAACCUUCUGAUUGAAGUGUUUUUUAAAAUAUUUUUGGUAAAUAGAAAAAGUUUUGUCAGUUGAAAUGCUGACUAUACGUUUAUCAAUUCUCGUUGUUGUUGAUGUUGAUUUCUUAUGCCCACCAACUUUAAUGUGAUGUACACGUUUCAUAAUUCCCUUGAACUUUUACCCGAUUGUUGCGUAAAUUUUGUUUAAUAUUUUUGCUACGCCUUUGUUAUUUUUACCUUUUCUUCUUAUUUUGCAACAACCGCUGGGUUGUCUAAGCCUGCACCAGAGACAAUGUUAAUAUCUCUGGUAUUAUUCGCAACGCUUCGUUUUUACGGGCGGAGUUUGUUAGCCCCGUGCCAACGCCCCUUGUCAUGCCGGUAUCGGAAAUCGAAACCAUAGCCGGCUGCGUGACAACCGGUCCGGGGAUUAAACCCAGGCCAGCUGCGCGACCGCGACGGAUUUCGACCGACUGCUCUAUGAGCGGGGGUGACUCCCUUUUUACCUUUUACUAUACCUCAACCCAUUCUAGUUGCUUUAAUACAGAGAAAACCGAAGGAAAUAGAUGUGAAAAACCGAAACCUUCAAGCUUUAAACUUCAAAUUAACUAUAUUUCACACUGGUCAACCUGCGCCUUCACCUACGGUUGCAAAAACCAGUAGACAAGGUUAAAUCAAAAUGUAAUUAUUUCGUCAUUAUUUUGCUCAAAAAAAAAAAAAAAAAAAGUAAGAUCCUUAAACUAUCAUUCAACAUUUUAAAAGAGCAAUUCCAGAAGCAGAUGUACUCAAAUGUCCAGAUGAUGAACUUUGUCUCGCUAGCCACUGUAUGUAUCCCUUUUUUAGCAGCAAAUAUUGUACAUGUAUGUCGUAUGUCGUGAUCAUAAUUACGAUAUUAGAGGAUGUGCCAAUGAAAAGCAGCCCAAUUGAAUAGAACCUAAAUUUAAAUGAACUUUAAAAUUUGGCUGCCGCUUUCUUUGUAUUAGGUAUGAGAAUUGUAAGGCAUAAGACAGCUGGUAACGGUAAAAGCAACUUUAACGGAACGAAGUUUGCAGGGUCAGUCCAUCAU